CGUUUUUGCAUGCAAAAACAAUGGCAAAUUCGACGGGGAAAAAUCUACUAGAUCAGCGAAGGAAAGGACAGGCUUUCCUGGACGAGCUGCGGCAAUUUCACCAAAGCAGAGGAUCGCCGUUCAGAAAGAUUCCUAUCGUGGGUGGGAAAGAGCUGGACCUGAAUGCUCUCUACAUCAGAGUCGUCUCUUUAGGAGGAUUUGCUAAGGUCUCUGAUAAAAACCAGUGGAUUGAACUUGGAGAAGAGUUUAACUUUCCAAGGAUACAAUAUGUUCCUAACAAUGAGGUGAGUCCAUCCCAAUAUUUGAACAUGAUGUCGGGCCGCCAGAAGAUGGAGCCACUUUCCAGCAAAUGA